AUGGGGAAUUCAGCUAGUGUUUGGUGGAUUGUAGUGGAGCUUGCCUGCAGGAUCCUUGGUGUUUCCACAGCAACAGUGCUGUGUGCUGUGGGAGUGGAGACCCUGCAACAGGGAGAAUUCAACAGCCUUGGCAUCUACCUGGUAGUGUCAUCUGUUGGCAUCAUGAUAUUUGAGCUGGCCUAUUUCCUGGACACGCUUCUGUUCAUGUGUCUGCCUUGUCCUCCAGACUGGCAGCUGUUUGUGUUGUGGGGGAAGAUGGCUCGCAUUGGAGGUUUCCAUAAGUUCCUCUAUUACUCCAUCAUGUCAGUGGUCUGCUUCUUGCACCCUGUGUUGGUGUGGCAUGCAAUUAUCCCAGGCACCAUGCUUCUGGUGACAGCCUUUUUCAACUUCAUACUAAGCAAGAAAACAAAGAUCAUAUCUCCUAAAAGUCCACAGGAGAGCCAUAGUGAUCAAGGUCCAACCACUGUCUGUGUGACAGAAGGGACAGCCUCAAACAGCACCGCUUCAUUCUUCCACCUGGCGACCGGAAGGAGAGGUGGGGGACUGGCUCUCUCAACCAGAGGCCGUUGCCUUGGUGCGGGAGAGAGAGGAGAGAGCGUCCAGGCCAUGCUGGAGCUGGAGCAGACAGCAGCACCUAAAGGCACAGACAGGGAGAGGAGGAGGUGGAAAGAGAGGAUAUGCUUAAGAAAUAGGGAGGAGCCUGUGGAGAGAGAGAUGGAGGAGAUGGAUGUCUACAGUGAGCCGGAGCCAGACACCACCUCAGACACUGCGCCUAUGAUUACUGACUGAACGUCUGUCUGCGCUCAGACUGAGCUCCUCACUGAUAUCACACAAAGGAAAGCAUGUGUGCUCAUACUGACUGAGUGCAACUAGCUGGUGUUACACUGGAAUGGACUUUCAGCUGAAAAAAAC